GAUCGGGUUCGAAGUGUAGAAAAUAAAUACUCGAAUAUUCUCGACGGCAAUCUCCAAUCGGAACUCCUUGGAUGUCUCCUACGACAUUGCAUUGGAUUGGAGUUGUCAGUGGACCAAGUUACUCUAGACCAAAGGAGAACCAGCUGGUCAUGAGAACUGUUGAGGACAGUAUGUGGAUAAAGAUUUGGACAGUUCACCUUCAUUUCUUGAUAUCAGGAAAACUUGUGUCAGUGUGAGGAGAAAAUGGAACAGAAUAAAGGUUUACAUACCCAUUCACCUUUACCUACACAGAGAUUGUUCCGACUUGGAAAUAGAGCAAGCAUCAAGAUUGACAAAUAUGAUGAAGAACCAGACUCAUCACAGUCCAAUGUGGACAUGACAGGCAAGGAAUCAAUGUCGGGAAAAACAGAGAAUGGCAAACACGGAAAUGUACUUCCAAGCCGGGUCCCUUCUCAUCUGCUCAUGAUCUCCAUACUGGAACACCUGUGUCUGAUGUAUGCACAGGAUUCUGAAAAAGGGAAGCAACUUUUUCAGGUCAUCUCUGAGCAGCUUGUUCGACAUCAAUAUGUCUCCCCCUUCACUGUGUUGGAUGAGAUGAAGAGCAUCAGAGCACAAUACCGCUAUUUUAUGAAUCACAUUCUGAAGGCUGCCAUGUUAAAAGUCUCACAGACUACUGCAUUACCAAGUACAUGUAAUUCCAGUCAAGACAUUCCUAAUGGCAGUUUACAUGGAAUUCAUCGUGAGAUGUCUUUUAUGUCUACCGAAGAAAUGCUGCAAAUGCAGACAUCUAGAUACCGGACAGAAUUCACAGAGAUGGGCAAAAUUGGCAAAGGAGGUUUUGGUUCAGUAUACAAGGCCAAACACAACCUGGACGGGAGGAUGUAUGCCAUAAAGAGGAUCAAGUUCAAGCAUUCUAAACCUGAAGUCUGGAUGAGGGUUUUGAGAGAAGUGAAAGCUUUAGCAAAUUUACAACAUGGAAACAUUGUGGGAUAUAAUGCAGCCUGGCUUGAAUAUGAAAGGAACUUUGAUGCUGAUUGUGGUAGUACCACCUUGUCUUCUCCAGCUGAUCUCAGUUUCCAGCCUAGAGAUAAAGAGACAGAUGACAGUGUAGUGUUUGCAGCCUCAGGAGCUAGUGAGGGAGUAAACUUCGUAGUGCAGAACAAUGUCUCUGUUUCAACGUCACAUAACUUAUACAGGGGCCUUUUUGUGGAGGAACUAGAUAUCAGUGAGACAGGAAGUGUCUGUAAAGCAUGUCUACUGAAUGACAAGAGUAGUGAUGAUGCAGGCAGUCUCCAGAUUGGAUUGGUGAAAAAGCCACCCAAACAUAGUUGUGCCAAGAAAUUUUUUGAGUCUGAAUUCACAGGAAAUUACUCUUCUUUGCAAGCAACAGAGACGUUUGAUAGAGGGCAGGCAUGGGAUGUUGUAGAUUCUAAUAGAAGGUUUUGGAAUAGGCAGCUAAAAGUGAAACGAAGUAUUAGUUAUGAUCACAUGCCAUUUCUUGAAGAAAAAGACGAGACUUCUCAAAAGUUUGAAAUCAAUGUUAGUUUGUUUAUACAAAUGGAACUGUGCAGCCUUACAUUGAAAGAUUGGCUUCAGCAGCGAAAUCAAAAGUGUUCAAAUCAGAUUGACCAACAAUAUUACUUGAUAUACAACAUGAAGAUAUUUAAGCAGAUUCUCAAAGGAGUGGAGUUCAUACACAACAAUGGACUUAUUCACAGGGAUUUAAAGCCCAGAAAUAUUUUCCUACAUGAGCCGGAGUUGCAUGUGAAGAUAGGUGACUUUGGCCUUGCAAAAGAUGACCUUGUGAAAGGUUCAGAUGAUGUUCUACUGACACCAUCUCCAGUGGAUUUAUACGACGAGUUCAUGUGGGAGAAGCAUACCUCAGGAGUGGGAACCUCGACUUACGCAGCACCCGAGCAAUUGGAGGGAACCUUGUACGAUUAUAAGAGUGAUGUAUACAGCUUGGGUGUCAUACUAUUUGAAAUGUUCCAUACAUUUCAAACAGAAAUGGAGAAAUUUCACUGUAUGGAUCAACUCAGGAAAAAUAGGGAACUAGAUCAAGAAUUCCUGCAUGAAUGGCCCCUACAUGCCAGCUUUGUGAAAAGAAUGACUUCCACUCAUCCCAGUGAGAGGCCCUCUGUUAGAGAGAUAUUGGACAGUGAAUUGUUUCUCACCAAAGACCAGGUAAUUCAGAAUCUCAGGCAGUCUUUGAAAGACAAGGAUGAAGAAAUUCGAAAAUUGAAAGCAAAGAUAGAAGAACAAGAUAAGAGAUUAAUCGGGCUUGAUACAGACUUUGGAAAAGUACCUAAUAUUAAGACUGAUUUGUGUGAUGAUGAAAAUUGACUGCAAAUGUGUGUUGUUGCUGGUCAAGUAUUUAAGGUAGUGCAAAGCACUGAACAUGAAUAAUUUGAGAUUACUGCUGUGACUUGGAGAGGAAUCUGCAUGAGUGUCAUGUGUAUGUUUUUUAUAGUACAAGUUACACCUUUUUUUUCUGAACUGUAUACAAAUGUUAAUAAAUCCAUUUUUGUUGA